GGCAUCAGAGCAGCGGAUGAGGGAGAGGGCGGAGCGGCUCAAGGCGCAAGUACGUCAGGCGUUCGAUGCUGCCAGCAUGGAUGUUGCAGGUCUGGUCACGUACGUCGACACCCUCGAACGCCUCGGCAUAGACAACCACUUCCGCGACCUGAUCGGAGGCGCACUGGAUCGAAUCCGAGCAGAAGAGCUGCCGGAGCACGGCGGCGGCCUGCACAUCGUCGCGCUUCGGUUCCACCUGCUCCGGCAGCAUGGGAUAUGGGUAUCUACAGAUGUGUUCGACGCGUUCAGAGACGACGCGAGCGGUUUCUGUUCGAGCCUCUGCAGUGACGACGACCCUAGGGGUCUCCUGAGCUUGUACAACGCAGCUCACAUGGCAGUCCCAGGCGAGGUGGUCCUCGACGACGCCAUCGCCUUCGCGAGGGGCCGCCUCCUGGACAUCCUGAGAGGCAGCAAGGUCAGGUCGCCGGUGUCGGAGCAGAUCACCCGAGCCCUCGACAUCCCCCUCCCACGAUUUACGAGGCGGCUGGAAACCAUGCACUACAUUGCCGAGUAUGAGCAUGAAGAGACACACGACGGCCUGCUGCUUGAGCUCGCUAGGCUCAACUUUGUCCUUGUGAGAGCGCUUCACCUCAGGGAGCUCAAGGACCUGUCACUAUGGUGGAGGGACCUCUACAACACUGUGAAGCUCCCGUACGCUCGGGACCGUAUGGUGGAGAUCUACUUUUGGACAUGUGGCAUGCUUCAUGAGGAGGAGUACUCCCUGGCACGGAUGUUCUUCGCCAAGACGUUUGGAAUGGUGUCACUGAUGGACGACACUUUCGAUGUCCAUGCCACUCUAGACGAGUGUCACAAGCUCAAAGAAGCUAUGCAGAGAUGGGAUGAAAGUGAAGUCUACAUUCUACCAGAGUAUCUACGCAUGCUGUAUAUCCAAACCCUUAGCAACUUCAGAGAGUUUGAGGAGAUCUUGGAACCGAACAAGAAGUACCGCAUGGCUUACACAAAAGAGGCAUACAAGCUGUGCUCCCAAAACUACCUAAAGGAAGCCAUCUGGUCCAGCCAGAAAUACCAGCCAAGCUUCAAGGAGCAUGAGGAGCUAUCAAUCAUGACCUCAGGUCUGCCGAUGCUCACGAUCCUAACGCUGAUGGGCUACGGUGAUGAGGCAACUCCGGAGGCGUUCGAGUGGGUAAGCAGUGUUCCUGAAAUGGUCCGCGCUGGUUCGCAGGUCACUCGCUUCCUCAACGAUUUGUCUUCUUACAAGUUGGGAAAGCACAAGAAGGAUAUGCCUAGCUCUGUGGAGACCUACAUGGUAGAGAAUGGCUUAACAGGAGACCUCAAGCAAGUACUCCCUCUCUAGACAAUACUCGCUCUGAUCACACAACCAGAUUGGCUAUAACGAUUCUCGUGUUGUAUUCAGCUUUGUGUUUCAUUAUAUAUGCAUGCUAUAUAUGUGAUAAAUGUACCCAUUUCUAUAUGGGUCGUAAUAUGAUAACCUGGAUAUGGAUAUAACUAACUUUCGGUGCUCAA